ACUUUUCGCUCAAUGUAAAAAGUACUUUCUGCAUUACACUAGUGAAUGUAGAGUGUAGACUUAUUCACUACCACUCAACUCAACCAUUAGAACAUUCAUGACAGGUGCCCUUAUGGAUACAAGAUUUUCUCAGUUGAAAGAGGAAAAAGAAAGGUUUGAUCAGAGUUGCCGAAGUUCAAUUCCUAAGAUCCAAAGAGUUCCAAAGUUUUUGCAACAAAAUGAAAGAUUUUAUAAAUACUGCUCACCAAAGAUUGUAUCAUUUGGUCCCAUCCAUCACAAUAAAGAUAGUCUUAAAGAAGGAGAGCAUUAUAAGCGUUUAUGGACAUCAAUAUUUGUUGCGGAAUAUGGAGAACAAAAUGAUCAAGAUGUUGACCAAUCAUACAAAAUUUUGUUUAAAAAGAUUGAAGAUAAUAUUGAAGAAUUGAAGAAUAUGUUUACUGAGGAUGCAAUUGAAGGUUAUAAUGAUAAUGAUCUUGCUUGGAUAUUGUUUGUGGAUGGAUGUUCUUUGAUAUAUUUUAUGGAAAAUGUUGAUCAUCAACGUCCAAAAGCUCUAAAUCUAAAGUAUGACCGACUAAUGUACAUAUGGAGGGAUGCUCUAUUAUUGGAGAACCAACUUCCAAGAAAAAUACUUGAGAUUCUAUGUGAAGAGAAGGGUGUCGAUUUGAAUUUUAUAUAUAGCAAUUAUAGUAAUAUGGGUCAAAGCAAACGAUCAGGAGAGGUGGUGAUCAUAGUGGAUAAUCCUAAAUUCUUUCAUAUACUUGAUUUUAAUCGAUCAUUUCGUUUGUCAUCCGUUAUAAUUCAGAACAUUGUAGGACAAAAUCUAAUGGAAACACGAGAAGGAGAAGAUGAUCAUGAUAUAAUGGAAGAAAACAAAACCCUAAAUCAAAAACAUAGCAAUGAACAAUUGAAUUGGAAUACAUAUAAGAGUAUACGAGAUCUAAAAACGGUAGGAAUUCGAGUGGUAGCAAAUAAGACAAAUAAUUGGAGAUGGAGUGAUAUUUCAUUCAAGUCUAAGUGGUUUGGUGGAGAACUAAGGCUUCCCAUUUUUUUGUUCAAUGAUGUCACACUUUAUUUUUUUCGAAACUUAAUAGCAUAUGAGAUGUGCCCAGAUGUUCACUACGACUAUGAAUGUUGCUCGUUUUUUAGCUUUAUGGAUUCGUUGAUUGACAAUGCUGAGGAUGUUAAGGAACUUAGAUCAGCUGGUGUAUUUCAAAAUUUACUUGGAAGUGAUGAAGAAUUGGCAAAGCUCUUCAAUGAUUUAGGUGAUGAUUUGCCGACAAAAAUGUCUAGUCACUUUUCCCCCACAAAUGCAGUGACCUAUAGUAAGAAAUAUAUUAUGGUAAAACGUCAAAUUGAAACGCAUUACACAAAUAAAUGGAAGACAUGGUUGGCUCAAGUUUACAAUACUCAUUUUAAUACACCAUGGGCUAUGAUUGCCUUUUUAGCUGCAUCAUCGGCAUUGGUUCUAACUUUCCUCCAAACAUGGUUUACGAUUCGUCCUAAUUAAACAAGCAAGACUCCAAAUGAAUGUGUAUGUGUGUUGGUAUUAAUUGAGUUU